AUGCGCUGCUCGCCCUACCCCAUCUGGUCUAUUGUCCUCGCUGCCGCUGCCAUGGCGCGGACCGUGCCGCGUUCCUCCUCUGCUCCGAAGAGGGACACCGGCACGGCAAAGCUUGUCGUCGCGCACCACAUUGUCGGCCUGACAGGCGGCGGGGGCGCCGGCGAUUUUACGCUCGACACCUGGAAGCAAGACAUCCGGCUCGCGUCCGCGAAGGGAAUCGACGGUUUCGCGCUCAACGUCGGACCCGACGAUUACACGGACGUCCAAGUGGGCCACGCAUAUCAGGCCGCGGAGGAGCUCGGAGGGUUCAAGUUGUUCCUGUCCCUUGACAUGGAUGCGAUAGGCGGCAGCAAGGACUGUAGCUCGGCGGACACCGCGGCUUACAUCCGGCAACUCACGAACAGGUUCAUCGGCAGGGCUGCCCAGCUGCUCGUAGACGGGAAGCCGCUUGUCAGCACGUUCGCCGGAGAAUCAUGCACGUUCGGCGAGACGGACGUGUUCACGGGUUGGAACAAGCAGUUCACGCAGCACCCGGAGCUCGCGGGCAAAAUUCACUUCAUGCCCUCGUUCUUCAUCGACAUCCAGCAGUUCCACAACUUCAAGAACGUCAUGGACGGGGACUUCAAUUUCAACGGCGCGUGGAGGACGGACUUAACGACUGCGUCCGCCAAUUCGAUCAUCGGCGGAAACUCCGGCACCGACAAUAUGACUGCCGCACAACAGCAAACCGUUGUGAACUACCUCGACUCCUUCAUGAUCGACCAGUGGCACACCGAGCAGCUCGCUCUCGUCGACAACAGCGCCCAUACCUACAUGACCUCGAUCGCCCCCUGGUUCUUCACGCACUUCGGCGCAGACACCUAUAACAAAAACGUGUUGUACAUACUCAUCAGCGGGGCGCAGUUCAUAUACGACUGCGACGACCAGUUGUACGCCCGGCGUUGGGAGACGGUCAUUGCGAACCGCGACAAGGUCGACAUAGUGCAGCUGCUCACCUGGAACGACUUUGGCGAGUCGCACUACCUUGGCCCCAUCCACGGCAACGUCCCCCCAGGCGCUGACGCCUGGACAACCGGGUUCGACCACCGAGGUUUCCUCGAGAUCACGAGUUACUUCGCGACGUGGUUCAAGACCGGCAAGCAGCCCACGGUCGUGCACGAUCAACUGAUCAUGUGGGCGCGCCCGCACCCGAAGGACGCCCAUGCGCCCGGCGACGCGCUUUCCCCGCCGACCAACUUCGAGCUGGCGCAGGACCAGCUCUGGGCUGUCGUGCUCGCCUGUAGUCCCGGCACCGUCACACUCGCGACGUCGGACACGACGAGCGCGCAGUACCCCGUCCAGGCCGGGGUGAACUACGUCAACGUGACGCUCACCCCUGGGGGCUACAUGCGCGGCACGCUCAAGCGCGGCAACGAGGUCAUCGUCGACCUCAAGCCGGACGGAUACACGUUCAACCCGAACCCUGACCAGUACAACUUCAAUGUGUUCGUGGCGUACGGGAGCUCUGCGUGA